GUCAAACGGUCCAAAUUUAUGUUGCUUUAUUUUAUAUUUCACAAUAGUUGUAAAAUUUAAUUAGUCACAGUUAGUUACAGUUAUUAUAUUCUUAUCAAUAUGUUAUUCCAAGCGUAACACACCGUGACGUUACCGUUUACUGCAUACUCUAAUCCAGCAGCACGAUUAUCGUAGCGACGAGACUGUUUGAACAGUUGAAAACAUUAUUGUUAUCGUUAUUUACGUCAUAGUAAAUAAUUUGGCAGUGUUCCGUUGUUGUUACGUUUUUGUUGACUCACAAGCGCUUGAAUCGCCGAGCUAGUGACUGGGGACCGCUUCGACCUUGAACCUACAACAGCUGUUUUGACCAUGGACUCUUUCUUCAGCCUGUUCGACCCGUCGGACGGCAACCAGAACAAGACCAAGAGGAAACAGAACAAACCGGACCAGGACAACGUUAAGAAGAAACUAGACCCGCCUAAGGGCAGGCGACGAGGCAGAAAGACACAGGGCAAAAACGAGACACUGCCCGAAGAGUCUUCGUUCCUGUGCGAGCCGGAGCUGAGCGCGGAGCUGCUUAUGAAGGAUGGCAGCUACUUUGAGAGCUACAUCGAGCUCAAGAAAGAAGACCCUAAAGCCGAUGACAAGAAGCCGAAGCGACGUAACUCGGGCCGCAAGAAUCGCAGGCGGAAAAAGGUACGUCGACAUAAUAGUAGGGUGUCGCCAGCUAAAGAGGAAUCGGCGUGGACCAGCACGACAUCAGCGCCGUCGGCGUGCGCCGACGCCGGUAAGGUCAACGACCUGCGCGACUACGGCGGCGGCGUGCACGGCGUCAUCGACAAACUGGAGAAGGUGAUCCUGAAGGACGACACGUACCUCGCGGGCGAGUUCAACUCCGAGGACCUUCACAACGAGGCGUGGUACAGCUCCGACGACCUCGAUGAGAGCCUCGACGACACUAACUCGGAGUCUGAAGACAGUGGGAGCGAAGCGCACGGCAGCCUGCCUCCGGAGCCCCGUUUCGGUAACGUGGAGUACAAACUGCAGCUAGUGGCGCCCUGCGAGCGGCGCUUCCAGCAUCUAGUCACGCAGCUGGCGUGGCGGCUGCGGUCGGGCGGCGGCGCGGCGGUGUACCUGCUGGGCGUGCGCGACUGCGGCGCGCUGCGCGGGCUGCGCGCGCGCGGCCUGCGCGGCUCGCUCGCCACGCUGCGCCGCAUGGCCGCCGCGCUCGGAGCCACCCUGCACCACGUCACCGCGCGCCGCGUGCGCCGCCACCGCGCCGUCGCAGAGGUCUACAUCAGGAAGUUGGCAGACACGCAGCAGAGCGUGGAGCUGCGAGUAGCCGUAAUGGGCGCCAACGAGGCCGGCAAAUCUACGCUAAUAGGAGUCCUCACUCAAGGUGAACUGGACAACGGGCGGGGCAGCGCUCGCCUCAACAUGUUCCGCCAUCUGCACGAAGUGAAAAGUGGCCGGACAUCGUCACUCAGCCACGAGAUACUGGGGUUCGAUGCUCAGGGCAACGUGGUAAACUACGGUUGUUCCGAACUGAUGACAGCGGAAAGGAUAGGCGAGCGAAGCUCCAAGCUGGUGUCGUUCCUCGACCUCGCCGGGCACAGCAAGUACCAGCGCACGACACUGCACGGGCUCACGGGGUACUGCCCGCACUACGCCAUGCUCGUGAUCUCAGCGACGGCCGGCAUCACCCGCAUAACGGAGGAGCACAUAGGGCUGCUGCUGGCGCUGGCGCUGCCCUUCUUCUGCGUGGUCAGCAAGUGCGAGCUGGCAGCCCUGCAGCCCCUGCUGACGCGGCUGCAGGGCAUACUGGCCGCCGCCAACAAGAAACCACUUCUGAUUACUGACGAGAACAUGGCGCGCAACUGCGUGGGGCCGCAGAGGCUCAUCCUCGACACGAUUGACGGCAUCGACCAUCCGGAUGACAGCGACGACGAGCCGACGACGGAGCAGAUCCCGGUGUUCCCGGUGAGCUGCGUGAAGGGCGCGGGGCUGAACGCGCUGCACGCCUACCUGCUCGCGCUGCAGCCGCCCGCCACCGACCUGCCUCCCGCCGACCACGAGACGUGCGAGUUCCAAAUCGACGAGAUCUUCCACGUGGGCGAGUCGCCGGGGCCCGUCGUGGGCGGGCUGCUGGCGCGCGGCACGCUGCACGAGGGAGACAACCUCAUCCUAGGCCCCCUGGACACGGGCGAGUUCGUCCCCAUCUCGGUUAAAAGUAUCUACCGCAACCGCGUGCCGUGCGGCCGCGUGCGCGCCGGCCAGUCGGCCUCGCUCGGCCUCGCGGGCCUCACGCCCGGCCUCCGCCCCGGCAUGGUGCUGCUCGCGGCCCCCGAGCCGAGGCGAGGCCAGAGGCCGACGUUCGGCGGGUGCCCGCCCGGGAAGUGUAAAAAGAGUAAGGUGAACGAGAUCCUCCAAAACCAGCCGAAACACAAGAAGCAUAAAAACCGCAACGUGUACCAGGAGCUAGGCGAGACCGAGCUGUCCCUCACGAAUGACGCGUCCUACACACAGGACAAUACGUCCUACACACAGGACAAUACGUCCUACACACAGGACAAUAUGUCCUCCACACAGGACAUAUACGUGUCCGACGAGGAGUGCACGUGCCGCGACGAGGUGCUGCUAGAGGACCCGAGCGACCCGCGGGGCUGCAUGUACUUCCAGGACAAUAUGUCCUACAAACAGGACAUAUACGUGUCCGACGAGGAGUGCACGUGCCGCGACGAGGUGCUGCUAGAGGACCCGAGCGACCCGCGGGGCUGCAUGUACUUCCAGGACAUAUACGUGUCCGACGAGGAGUGCACGUGCCGCGACGAGGUGCUGCUAGAGGACCCUAGUGACCCGCGGGGCUGCAUGUACUUCCAGGACAUAUACGUGUCCGACGAGGAGUGCACGUGCCGCGACGAGGUGCUGCUAGAGGACCCUAGUGACCCGCGGGGCUGCAUGUACUUCCAGGACAUAUACGUGUCCGACGAGGAGUGCACGUGCCGCGACGAGGUGCUGCUAGAGGACCCGAGCGACCCGCGGGGCUGCAUGUACUUCCAGGACAUAUACGUGUCCGACGAGGAGUGCACGUGCCGCGACGAGGUGCUGCUAGAGGACCCUAGUGACCCGCGGGGCUGCAUGUACUUCCAGGACAUAUACGUGUCCGACGAGGAGUGCACGUGCCGCGACGAGGUGCUGCUAGAGGACCCGAGCGACCCGCGGGGCUGCAUGUACUUCCAGGACAAUAUGUCCUACAAACAGGACAUAUACGUGUCCGACGAGGAGUGCACGUGCCGCGACGAGGUGCUGCUAGAGGACCCGAGCGACCCGCGGGGCUGCAUGUACUUCCAGGCUACUAUACACGUGCUGCGGCACUCUACAGCCAUCUCGCCCGGGUUCCAAUGCACCGUGCACGUCGGGAACGUGCGCCAAACCGCCAUCAUCGAGGGUAUAAUGUCUCACGCCGCGUCGCUCCGCUGCGGCGAGUCCGCGCCGGCGCUGUUCCGGUUCCUGCGCUGCCCGGAGCACCUCGUGCGCGGGCGCAGGCUGCUGCUGGCGGCCGGCGGCGGCACCAGAGCGAUCGGUCGCAUCACGCAAAUCUUCCCCUACGUGCCCUGAACGACAUCUCACCUUACUCGGCAUCUAUACAAAUGGUUAAUAAAU